AUGUCACGACAUAGCACCGCGCCUCAGCGUAAUGCCAAUCUGUCUUUGACUGAAGAAUUGGAGAAGCUCGAGCAAUCCAUCACCCUGACCCUCCAAGAGAUUGAUCACAACUUCAGCCGAGCACAUCGCAUCGUGACUGCGAGUGUUCUCCCUGUUGUUGAUCAGUACGCCGAGCAUUCGAAGAACGUAUGGGAAGGUUCGAAGUUCUGGAAACAAUUCUUCGAGGCCAGUGCCAAUGUGUCUCUCUCUGGCUACGAAGAGUCACCUGUGGAGGAUGAAACUAUCACGGAAGAAGACGACGUCACAGCAGCUACGACUCCUUCAAAUUCAACGUACGAUUCGCCUCCUCAAGCCCAAGACGAGACCUUAACACCUCAGCAAAACGGUCGCAACAGUCUGAGUGACUCUUUCUCCCCCAUGCCAGCCCAGGAGACUCCACGCCCGACAUCGAAACAGACCAAAACCCCGCGACAGAAACAACCACCAAAACCACCACCCACUACAGCCCCUUACUCCUCCCCCUACGAAUCUCUCAAACGCGACAUUCUCCCUUCUCAUCCACAAUCGCCUUCCGAUUCUGACCUACCUUCCACCCCUCGAGCUCAAAAUCAUACUCCAGAUCACGACCCACAAUCGUCCCCAUUUGCCCCUCCACCAUCCGGACGAAGCCACUCAACCCGGCGUACACCCGCGAACGACAUCCUCCUCCACCGCAUCCUCGAUAAGAAUUACCGUAUUCAAGCCACUCCCCACAGCACCAUCCGCCUCCCUUACCGUGGCGGCAAAUCUACCGCAAGCGCAACGACACCGAAGCCCGCCCGAGAAGCAUCAAAGCGGAUCGUAGAGGAUUUGUUACUUACCGCUGGCGGUAAUGUGUCGGAAGAUCUGGACGAAGAUAGCCCUAGUGUGGUGAAACGGGGUGGACUGUUAGAGGAAGACACGUUCUGA